AUGAGAAAUUUUCUUUUUCAAGUUAAAGACUUUUACAUUUAACAAUUUCUCACCAUCAAAGGAAUAUGGAGGAAGUCUCUUGAACUAUCAAUAGUGUUUUUGAUUGUUGAAAACAUCUAGUUAUUAUCAUUAAUUACUCAAUCAAUAGCUAUCAUAAAUAAAGCUGAGUAUUUAGAUUUCAUCCAUAAUAUUUUGAAUAUAUUUCGGUUUAAAUGCACAAUUAAUAUUUAUAGAUUUUAUAGUGUUUUGGGAGAGUAUAUUGAAAUCCACAUUUUGUACAUGUUAAUUGGAUUCACACUGACAUUUUUAACGUUUAUCUGUUUAUUAAUAUUGAUCUUAAAUACUUCAGUUAGAGCAAAUAAGGAUGGAUAAAUAAUUGAAAUGACACUUGAAAUUGUACUAUUUCACUAAAUUUAAUUUAGAAUAGAUAGAAAUAAAUAGAGUAGAAUAAUCUAAUCAAAUAAUUUAUUUCUGUUUAUAUGCAGAUAUAUUAAAUGCUAAUGAGAAUACCUUUGUUAUAUUCUCACUUUUAUAUUUUGAAUUAAAAUCAAAUGAUAAGUAUUAAUUAUUUUUAUUAGAUUCACUUAACUAGUUCUUACUAUUUGGUUCUAGUAUUAGUAUAUUCUCAAUAGCACUUCAAAUAAUUUUUAGUUUAAUUAUUGAUAUGCAUUGUUUUGAAUUUAAAAUGAAGAAACAAGAUUAUUUAGGACGAUUUAAUUAAUAAAAAGUCCAUCUUAUAUUUGCAUUUUAAACAACUAUAGUAAUAUUGAUAGGGAUGGAAGUAAAUACUAUAAUAGUUCAAGUCAUUUAUGUGAUCUAUUUAUUAAUGAGCAUUGUUAUGAGUUACAAUUAGCUUGUUUAUGUAGAAGUCUAAAUUUCUCGAUUGCAAUUUCAUAUAUCAAGUUACUUAUUUAUAUAUCAGAUAACACUUUUGGUAGUUUAACUAAGUGACAUUAUCGAAGAUUUAAAUGUUUUGGGAUUUUUAAUGUUUUAUUAUCCAUUUAGUGCUUAUAUUCUUAUAAUCUUAACUGAUAGAUAGAAGAUAUCAUAAUUAAAAUCAUCAGGAAAUUCGUUAGAAAAACAAAUUAGAUUUAUAUAUCAUUUAUUUAAAAAAUAAAUAAAACUAAAAAAAGAGUAGAGGUCUCUAGAUCCUAUGGAAUCAUUGUUUAUGUAUUCAUUUACUACAAAUCAUUUACGAUAUUGUUCUUUGAAUAGAGAAAGAAAAUUACAAAGAUAAAUAAAAAUGAAAUUUAAAUGUUUUUGUGAUGAAUUUUCAGAUAAAGAACAUUUUUAAUUUGAUUCAAUAAGUUCAAUGAAAGUUUUUGCAAAGGAAUUAAUAUCACAAACUUUAGAAGAUGAAAUUAUUGAGACAACCAAUACAUACUUAGCAUUGAUUUAUAUAUACUUUUUAGUUUAAAUAAAAAAGUUACCUACAUAAGCAAUUUAUGAAGUAAUUAGAUUGUCUAUUCAAACAUAAGUAUGUUUAAUUUAUUUUUAAAAAAGGGAAUGGCAUUAAAAGAAUAAGCAAUUAUAUAUAAAUUAAAAUAUGAUGCUUUGGAAGAAUUUGACUAAUUAGUGAAGAAGAAUGAUUUAAAAAAUUAAAAGUACAUAUUUAAAAGAGUAUAUUAAUAUGAGGAGUCCUUGUCUAUAAUAAAAUAGAAUAUGUGUUUGAUAGCAAAAUAAUUUAAGGUAAUAUAUUAAGAAAUUUAGGAAUGGUAUGGGUUAAUUUUAACAUCGAUAAUUGAUAUUGAUUAAUUGGUUAGAAUAGGAUUUGAGAUUUUAAAUAAUAUAAAAUCUGUUGAAUCUCAAUUACAAUAAGCUUUUACAAUAAAUCCACUUUCUAAUGAAUGUGACACUAUAUAUAAUCUAUUUUCAAGAUAUAUAUAAUAUAAUAAGAGUAGACCUAAAUUGUAUCGUUUAGAAGGUAAAUUGGUGACCUCAUUUAUGUAAUCUAUAGAAAAAACAAUAUUUGAUCCUGGUAGUUGUGUUAUUUAGAUCACUUUAUUACAACCUCGAGGAAAUGUACUUAGAUACACUAGAUCUUUUUAAUAAGCAAUUGGUUUUAAAGAUGAAGAAAUUAAAGAUUAAAAUAUUCAUAGAUUUAUGCCUUAAAUAAUAGCUGAUGAUCAUGAUAUGUAUUUAGAUAAUUUUGUAGAGAGAGGUAGAAUAAUAGUCGUAAGAUCAGAAGUAAGAGUUAUAUUGGGUAAAAAUAAGGGAUAAUUUUUGGUUCCUAUCAAUACUAGAUUAAGAAUUGAAACAAGUCCAACUGAAUUUGGUGCAACUGCUCUUAUUACACCUGUUAAUUUAACUUUUGGAUAUAUGAUUUUGAAUGAAAAAGGAUAAAUUGAAGAAAUUACUUAAAAUAUUUUUGAAGAAAUGUUUUAAAAACAUUUAGGAAUCUCAAUAUCUUAAAUAAGAGGUUUGGAUUGUUUAUUUUUUAUUCCUGAAUUAGCCAAAAUUUGGGAAUAGAUAUAUGAUAAAAAUUUUGAUAAAUUAGAUAAAAAAUUCGAAUGUUAAGUCAUAAUUCCUAUUAUUAAUUAAAAUAAAAGUAUGUCAUAAUCUUAAUUAUCAAAAACUAUGUCCAAAUCUUUUUUUUAGAAAUAAAUUUAUAAGAAUUUUGAAUGUUUACCAUCAGAUAAUGUCAUAUUUCUUGUAUAAUUACAUGUGAUGAGUUUAGUAACAAUAAAUUUAAGGUAUUUAGACUAUUAAAUAUUUAGAUUAGUAAUAUUGGAAUUAUAAGAUUAUAAAAUAAUGGUUAAUUAAAAGUUAUCUAGUAAAUAGAUAAUAUAAUUAAGAGUGAGAACAUCAUAAUAAUUUCAAAUUUAAUAGUUUUAAAAUUCUACAAGUUAUAGAGAAUAGGGAAGUUUACUAAAUUCACCUUGGAUAUUUGAUUGUGAUUUGGAUCAUCAUUUAUUACAAGAAGAAGAGAGAAUGAUUGAUGAAGUUAAAAAUUAAUUGGCAACAGUAAAUAUAACAAAUACUACUCAUCAUUAAUAAGUGUAGUUAAUUUAAUAUGUGUAAGAUGAAAUUGAAAGCAUUUAAGAACAGAAUUAAGAAAAAAAUUAAGAACAAAAUUAAAAUCUUCAUAAGGAAACUUAACAUUCAAUCAAAAUUGAUGAGAAGAAAAAAAAUUAAAUUAAUAAAUUUGAUAAUCAAAAUAAUAUGUCUGUGGGUAGUAGAUCUUCAUAAAAUAAUUAAUCAUAAAUCAAAAGAUAAAUGCGAGAUUGUUUAAGUGAUAAUACAAUAUUAAAUAAAAAGCAUGCUCUUAUUCUUCUGAUCUUUUAUUUAUUAAUAAUUGGAUCAUAUGUAGUUAAUUGCUUACUCUUUUCUAGAAAUUAUUAGAAGAUUCAAUAAAAUUAAUCUAGUUAAAAUUUACCAUAUCAAUUAUCUUAUUUUUAUAAUGAAUUUGUGAUUUCUUCCUUAUAUUUGAAAUAUAGUUUGUUGUUUCCAUUUUCCAAUUUACAACAAAUUAGUUUAGAUUUUUAUUAAGAUGAAAUCAAAAACAUAGAUUAUGCUUUGUAGAAUAUUCCAGAGAUAGAAAUUGGUUUAGAAACUACAUUAAAACAAUAAUCAAUAUAUAUUAUUUAGUAAAUGAUAAACUAAAAAAAUAAUUAAUUAUUUAGCUUUAAUAACUUUUUGAAUAAUACCAAAUACUUUGAUAGUAUAAUUAAUACUCUAUAUUAAACAGAUACAACUAGAAAUAUUACAAACAUUUAGUAUAUGUAAAUAAUUUAUAAUUUUUAUGAAUAUUAUUUUUAGAGUUAUAGCUGAAGAAAUAGUUCUGUUGUUAUUUAUCUGUUGGUACGCAUAUAAAUGUAUCAUACUUAUUCAGAUGAAGUAAAAAGUAUUUAAAUUGUUUUGUACAUUCACUACUGAUGUAAUACAAGAAUAAUACGUAACCUUUUCUUCUUUAUAUUCCCUUAUGAACACAAAUAGAUUCAAAAAAGAAGAAACUAAUGAAGAAAAAUUUGAAUUUAUUAUGGGAUAAGCUUUUCAUAAAUAGACAAGCAAUGCCAUUUUGGAGAAAUAUUAGAAAGUAGGAAAAAGAAUAAAGUAAAAAAGUAUUUAAAUCUAAUAAACAAAAUAGAAAAUAAUUCAACACAAAUAAUCUUUUUCUUAUUUGUUUUGAUAACUAUAAUAGUCUGUUCAACUUAUUUUAUUGGUAGUAAUAUAAUGCAUGAGGCGACUAUAGAUAAAAUUCUUAUAUAAUUUAAUGAUAAAAUAUUGUUCUCAUAGGCAUACUAUGAAAUUACUUUAGCAUAUGCCUAAUCCUCAAUUUUUAUCCAAAAUGAAAUUACUAGUGAAAUCUUAAAAAUCUAAAAUAAGACAGUUAAUUCACUAAAUGGUUUAAGAAAGAAAUUAUCAUUAUAUUAAUAAGAUGAGACAAUAUAUAAAAUAGUUACAAAAUCAGCUUGCAAUAUUUUCAAUAAUUCAUUGUAAAUAUAUAAAUAUAUUAUUAUUAUUAGAACAAGUUAUUAAUAAUAUGAUGAAUUAUUUUCAUAUGAGUAAUGUAUGAGUUACCCUAUAUUAUAAGGAGGAUUGAGUGUAAUUUUUGCAGAUUUAUGCGAUUAACAGCUUAAAUUUUUGUAGGAUUUAGAAAACAAUUUAACUUAGGAAUAUCUUUAAUAGAAUUAUUAUUCUGUAACAUCUUAAAUUGAAAGACUUUACGAUUCUAUGGGUUUUUUUGUAAUUGUUUAAACCUUAACAAAUCAAAUAGAGUAAUCAGUACAGAAUAACAUAAAUAUUGAUAUAAUAUUAGUAGUAUUUUCUGGUUUAGUGAUGACAAUUUCAAUGAUAACGAUGGUUAUCUCAAUGAAAAAUAUUCGAUCACAUUAUUAAACUAGCAAAUAGUUAUUAACAUUAGUUCCAUUAGAAAGAUUACUAGAAAAUGCUUAUAUAUUAAGCUUUAUUUAAUAAGAUAUUAAACUUCAAAAUUGA